AUGGUGGGAAAGAAGAAAAAAAACAAUUUCGAGCUCAAGCUCGAUUGCGAACGGGUAAUUGGGAGGAGCUCGCAGAAAGCAGAAAAUCGUCUUCCAGGUGCUUUUCAAGUCUUUCGAGGACGUACCCGGCUCAUUUACAAUCAACAUUAUGAAUCCGUUGGAGGACAGGGUCUCGUACAAGGUCAAGUGCUCGUCGAACACAAUUUUCCUGAUCAAGAAGGUGUUCGGAAUACUCGAACCGGAGGAGUCGAUCAAUGUUAUGGUAAUCAUUUAAAUUUUUGAGCAGGCUUUUCGAUGGAAAUCGCGGCCUUGAGAUGAAUUUGGAGACUUCUGAAAUAUUGCAAGACAGUGUUGUCCCCAGUGAAGCUUAGUGUUUGAAGUCCUCCAAAGUUUGGGUCCGAUAAGAAAAUUACAACUGACAAGUCUUCGCAACGGGAUUGCAAACUUUCAGAUAUUCUUCAUACCGGAAGAGAAAACUCCGCAAAACGGAAAGCACUUUUUCUCGAUUCACUACAUCCGAGUGGGCGACGUGAAACUGAACGAUGAGCAUGCGAUUCGUGACUUGUGGAAGGGCGUCAAAGGACCGGGGGAAGGCGCCAAACGCAUUUACGUCGAUUUCGACAGGAAACGGAUUCCGAAAGAAAUGAAGGACGCGCAGUUGGCGAAAAUAAAACUCAAUGCGCAGCGUGCGAAAUUUCUCAAAGACCUCGACGAAGACUAA